UACUCUGCUCCUGCACAGGCUACUGAAGGACGGGUUCAUCAUAUACCAUUGGAAACACAGGCUUGUCUUUUGGGGAACUGAACCAUGCAACAGAACUACCUAUAUCCACAAGUAUAUAUGGUGGAUGGCAAUCCGAACCUCAAUCCUUAUGUGCCUGCACCUACCUGGGCACUGCCCACAAUGAAGAAAAAGAGAAAACUGGACUGGAAGUCAGUGGGCAUCAUACUGCUGCUGAACCUGGUCCUUUUAACCUUGGCAGGGUUGGCUCUAGGCACAGUCUACGUCCUCGAGCUGAGGAAGGAGAUCCAGGAAAUAAGACAGGGCAAUGGAGAGCAGGCUCCAAUCGCGGAGAAGAUUGUGGGAGUCCAGAAUAUCUCAAAGCCACCCAAAGAUUUAAGAAUAGCUGCACACCUCACAGGAGACUCAAUCACUGCAGGUUCCAACCCACUUAUAUGGGAUGAUCGGAGAGGCCAUGCCUUCACCAGGGGUGUGGUUUACAAAGACAGAGGUCUAGUUGUCAAUGAAACUGGGAUUUUCUUUGUUUAUUCCAAGAUCUACUUCCGAUCGUAUACGUGUGAAGCCAAGAAGAAUUUAGAGCAUAUUGUAUUCAAACGAACGGACCGUUAUCAUAAAGACAUGAUUCUGAUGGAAACCAAAAAAAUAAACUAUUGUUCCGAGAAGGAAAGGGAGUGGGCUACCAACAGCUACCAAGCAGGAAUAACGCGCCUCUCUAAAGGUGAAUCCAUUUACGUCAAUGUUUCAGAUUCCAGAUUAGUUAACUUUGACGAGACGAAAACUUUUUUUGGAUUGUAUAAACUUUAGUUCAUGUUAUAUCUUCCUGGAGAGAUGAAAGAACUCUAUUCAAAAAAAAAAUCAAAAGUGCAUUUAACGCAUUCGUGUCCCAACCACCACCAAUUAAAAUCUUUAGGCUUUGAUUUUUUUUCCAAGUCCUAGAAUAUCAUUUCCCAACAGCUUUGAAACAGCAAUGCACCUGGUUUCUUUCUCCAGAGGACAAAACGCUUCCCCGCCUUGGCGUCGCCCAAGUGACCCAGCCUGAGAAAGAGUAAUUGCCGUGUGGGGCAAACACAAGAAGAGGGGAUACAGAGUGAAUAACAGGUGGCAUUUGUAUAGUAGGUUGAUGCACUGAUACCCUGUGCUGCUACACCUCUUCCAGCCAAUUAUUGUUUGUGCACACAUCAACUUCAGUGAAAAGAUUGUAGGUAAGGAGAAAAUAAGAACGGCCUGGAUAUGUUAUAAAUGGCAUCCUUGCACACUAUUCGAAAAUAUGAUGAACAUAUGUAUGCAACACCAGGAAGGACCAGUUGAUGACUUGUUGACAGACAGAAUUGUAACAGCAACGGUUGUGAUUCGUGAUAAACCUCUAGGCCUUACAAAUGACUAAAUCAUGUCCAAAUCCUGCUUUUAAAUUAGGUUUGAGUGCAACCUGAAUUGUCUGUUUAUACAGUGCAAAUUUAUCCCAGUGAAAUGUAGAAAGGCUUUGCCUGAGAAAUGUACCAUUGUGCAUGGAUUUUAUGAUGUAGUCUUCUUGCAUUACGGAUUUGUG